CCAAAGGAAAGAACGACCUGUGGCCACGAUAACGAUUCCUUGUUUUUAUUGUUGUGAAUGAAAACUCUGCUUGUUGAACAUCAGACGAAAGCCACAAUAUGACGUGUUAGCCUAGGCAUUGAGCCCUGAAGAAAGGAACGACAACCUGUUUGCAUAACUUUGGACGACCCUUGGCUCACCAAGUAAACAACAACUGAUAUUGUCAUUGGUCAUGGGCUGAGAAGACUCAACUCGCUGUCACAACUCCGAUUUCGUCACCUCCUCUCACCACGAAUAUCAGGGCACAAAAGACGGUUUUUUCUAUCUUCUUCACCUCCAAACCUCUAAGGAAGGCUUCAGCAAUUCGAAUAACGACGGCCCAAGUUCGAAAGAGGCGUGCUCUUGUGAGAUAGGGGUUAUCAGCCGCUAGCCUUCUUGAAAUCUUGCGAAGAAUCUUUUCUUGGUCUUAUCGCUCCUUCUCACCAAAUCCUUCGUUUGAAGUCGAGGUCAGCUGCCACAUUUCGACCGGCCAUAUAUACACUGCCUGAUUUUUUCUCUCGGAAUUUGCUUUCUUUCUCGGAAUCUACUUUCUUUCCCAACAUCACAGCUCCACAGACGUCCUUCUUCACGAUGGCCGAGACUUCUGGUUCCUCCGGCACGACUCAGUCCGAACAGACUAUCGAGAACCACUUGAACAAGGCGCGUGCCUCUAUCUCCAAGAAAGAGAUCAAGGAAGCCAUCGGUGAUAUCCUCACGGCCAUUGAUUUUUGUAGCUGCAACAAGGGCAACACAAAGCAAGUCCGGCAUGGCAAAGACAAGUCUUGCCACCUGAAGCAAUUCGUCAAUGGCGUCCGGAGUAAGGAUCUCGACGCAAUAUACGAUGUUGCGAAUAGUCCUUGUUCUUGCGGUUUUGCUUGGCCUUCUUGUUCAUCGCCCAAACAUCUCGAGGCAAUAGAUCUCCUCACCGAAUCCUUGGAGACUGAGGGUCAUUAUGUUUCUGCCAUCACGACCGGUCUCGGAAUAAUUCGCCUUCGCCCAAUCUCUGCUGCUGGCUAUUGCCGCGUCGCAAAGACCAUCCGGCUCAUCCUUAAGCUCGAAAAAGAGGGAAAGAAAGCCAAGAGAGUCAAUCCUAAAAUUGCGAGAACACUCGCAACCCUCGAGAAGGAUGCUGGGCUCACCACCGCCCGCCUAUAUAUUUUCAUGAAGAAACUUGUUCAGGCCGGCCUGAACAAUACCUCCGAAAAGUACCGCAAUGACGCCCAUGACGAAUACGACCAGAUUCUCAUGCGCAUGGCUCACAGCCUGAAGCUCCAAGACUCUCUUCGCGACCCUGCAGCCAAACUGCCACUCGAACUCCUUCGUCAGAUCUUCUCUCACCUGGACACCUCCGACGUCAUCCGCUCCCUCAGAGUCAGCAAAAAAUGGAACCGUAUCAUUAAGCACGAUACGUUGCUCUGGGAAGAAGUUCGUCUUGCCCAGCCGCGCAAUCCUGGCAACCGUGUUUUUGCCACAUGGUUGAGGGGGCACCAGGGAGUGAAGAGCUUGACCAUAGACGAAGUAUCAGGCUUUGGGCUCUCUGCCAAGCGUCUUUACAUGCUUCUCUUUGGCCUUCCCAACCUUCAAUGCCUCAUCAUCAAAACUGCGGCCCCGCACCGCUGCAACACCAUCCAGGAGUUGGACCCAGCUCCCAGUCCUAGUCAAAAGCUUGGAUUGGCCCAACUUUCACUGGACGGCUACCAGGCCCCAGUCUCAUUGUUGGUCCAACUUCUUGAUUUGUCAAAGGACACGCUUGAGGUUCUAGACCUUGUCCAAACUGGCAGCAUGCCUGAGCGGGCGAUCGAGGCCGUGAGAAUGCCAAAGCUCCGGAGCCUAUGGGUCGACAUUGACAUGGCCGGCACCAGCACCGAGGAGCACGUGCUCCGAAUGCCAGAGAUCGUGGCGUCCACGCCGAAUCUGGAAGCGUUCUGCUUGAACGGCUUCCAGCUCGAGUGGACGCCCGGUCAACCCACUCCCCAGGGCUGGCGACAGCUCAAGCACGCUUCGUUCGGUCCGGCAAUGGACAUCGAAGCCCACACCCAGGGGACCAUUCUCCUGCCUCGCAUCUUUCCCCCCAUGACGGAGAGCAUGGAAAAGAUCGAGAUCAUGACGAUGAACCCGGUAAUUGCCCACAAUUACCUAUUCACCGUCAUGGACGGGGCUGAGGCGAGACACCCUCUCCACUCCCAGGAGAUGGGUUUGGAGUUUGACGAAGGCAAGCUCCCAAAGUUGCCGAACUUGGAGCUGUUCCGGUCGCGCUGUGCGAUCGAUGUGGGACUUCUGGGGCGCUUGCUUGCGGUGCCGGCCGCGCGCGAAGGAAGCUUGCGGGUGCUCGAGCUCGCGGUCGAGCAGAGGUGGGCGGUUCGCCAGCGCCACCUCUGGUGCCCAGUCGUGGGGCUCGAGAGCAUCGUUGUGCCGGCGGAGGCGUUUGUUUGGAUGGAGUCGGAGAAGAUAGAGCACCUUGGGCUUUACUUCUUCAACUACGCCGGCUUCGCCUUCCAGUACGGCCAAAGGUUCAACGGGCAGCCGUUUUUGGACUGGCUUGACAAGUUCCCGGCGCUGAACUCGGUGUCGGUGUAUCCCGACUGGCCUGGUGAAGGGGUGAUGCCCUUCAUCGGGAAACUGAUCUUACACCCAAGGGUGAAGAAGAUCUUUCAGGACUCGCUCAGGACGGGAUACGAGUGGGAUGAGGCAUGUCUGUUGGCGGUGCAGUGGAGUGUGGAUUUGUACCAUUGCGAUUUCAACGUGCCGUAUGGGCCUUCACUAUUUAAGAAUUGGUAGAGACUUUUUCGGGAGUUUGGGGUUGGAUGGGACAUGGAUAGGAUGGGUUGGGUUGGGGAGCUUUUGUUGCUGGAUGUACUAUUUCUGGGUGGGCAUGGCAUGGGGUGGUGUUUCUGGCGCAUGGUUGGGAGUUUUCUGCUGGUUGUUCUGUACUGUAUAUAUUGUUAUUUGAACAACUUGGGGUGUAGUCGCCUCCGCUGGUGUUCGCGGUACCAUGUUUUCACGAUUCGGUGAUUUGUUGAUUACUCACGAC